CCCAUGUGUAUUCCUUACAUAGCUCCUCUUUCCGUCUCCCCACCGCCAAGUUCCACCUCUCUCUCUCUCUCUCUCUCUCUCUCUCUCAUGUCUCACCCAUACCACCUCCUCUUCUCUUUUCUCGUCUUUCUCUUCCUAACCAAAACCAAUGGCAAUCCUGUAAAUUCAAGCAUCCCCAACUGCCCCUCUCCCACAUGUGGAAAACUCACCAUCAAAUACCCUUUCUGGCUUUCCAGCCAAAACCCAGAUUUCUGUGGCUACCCAAACUUCAACUUCACCUGUAACAGCCAACAAAAACUCAUCUUCCAUCUCCCCAACGACAAUUACUAAGUUACAAAUAUCAAUUAUUCCAGAAAUACCCUCACCCUCGUCGACAUCGACGUGAUCGGCAAAACAUGCCCGAGAGCCCGCCACAACGUUACCCUAGAACCGGUGAUCCCGCACUUAAAUUACAGUGCACUCGACGAGAAUCUGACCUUUUUUUCAACUGCACUGACUACCAUUCAUUGGAUGGGGAUCUUCCUUGCUUGAGCAACGAUCAAAAUCACUCGUUUAUGUUUAGAGCCGGAAGCAUUCCGGAGUUUGAUUGGUUCCGGUAUUGUGAGGACUGUGUGGUUGCACUGGUUCUGGAAUCUGAGGCAAACGUUAUGUCUACAGGCGCGUUUGGUGGGGUUUUGGAAAAGGGGUUUGAAUUGGGUUGGAGCUCGGUUCGUAAUUGUGCGGCGUGCGAGGAAUCUGAGGGGUAUUGCGGGAAUAACAAAAGCAACGGUGAGCUCAUAUGCUUCUGCAAGGAUGGCCCACAUGCCAGAUCCUGUUACCGCGGUGGAAAUGGGAACAAGGACAGCAAGAAGAGGAUCAUUGCCAUAGGUAUAUCCACAGGAGCAGGCUGUUUCCUUCUAGCAGGUUUUCUUUUCUUGCUCAUUCGAACCAACUCUUCUGGUUGGUCAAGAAGAAAUUGGAAGAAGAAAACCAACAAUGCAGGUGAUGGUCGUGAUGUUGAAGAGUUCUUAGAAAUCUAUGGAUCCUUGGCUCUGAGAAGAUACGCCUAUUCAGAUCUCAAGAAGAUUACCAACUCUUUCAAAGAUAGUUUAGGCCAAGGAGGGUAUGGUGGUGUGUUCAAAGGGAUGCUACAGGAUGGCCGUCUUGUGGCCGUGAAGGUCCUGAAUGAAUCCAAGGGUAACGGAGAAGAUUUCAUUAACGAGGUCUCCAGCAUUGGUAGGACUUACCAUGUGAAUAUCGUCUCUCUCCUGGGUUUCUGUUCAGAGGGGUCUAAAAGAGCACUCAUCUAUGAGUUCAUGCCGAAUGGAUCUCUAGAAAAAUACAUCUACACUGAUAAACCAGGACAAUCACAUCCCUUGGGGUGGGAAAAACUCUACCAAAUUGCAAUAGGUGUAGCUCGAGGACUAGAGUACUUGCACCGUGGUUGCAGCACACGCAUUCUACAUUUCGACAUAAAACCGCAUAACAUUCUUCUAGAUCAGGACUUUUGCCCCAAGAUCUCAGAUUUUGGACUAGCGAAACUGUGCCCCACACAAAACAGUACUGUAUCUAUGUUGGGUACCAGGGGGACCGUUGGAUAUAUUGCCCCUGAAGUAUAUUGUAGAAAAAUUGGAGGUGUUUCAUACAAGUCAGAUGUUUAUAGCUAUGGUAUGAUGGUACUGGAAAUGGUUGGAGGAAGAAAGAACAUUGAUCCGCUUGUGGAGAACACCAGCGAGAUAUAUUUUCCUCAUUGGAUAUACAAGCGUCUCACUACGUAUAGGCAUCUUGAUCUACAUGGAUAUCUAGGUUUACAUGGAAUUGCAACGAAAGUUGAAGAAGAAACAGCAAGGAAGAUGAUCUUAGUUGGUUUAUGGUGCAUCCAAACCAACCCGACAGAUCGGCCUUCAAUGAGUAGGGUGGUGGGGAUGCUGGAAGGAAGCCUUGAUGACUUGCAAAUGCCACCCCAGCCAUUUCUAUCUUCUUCUUCAUGAUCAUAACAAGUUCUGAGACUUCAAUAUCAUAUGAGAAUUUCUUUCACAAUUGCUUGAAGAAAACAAAACAACAUAUAUUUUAGCCGAUGCAUCAUAUUACAAAUAAAAUUGCAUUUGUCAUAUGCAUUA